CCACCUAGACCAGCAGCAGGUACGGGAGACCCUCACGUAACAACUCUUGAUGGUAAGAAAGCCACUUUCAACGGAGCUGGGGAAUUCCUGAUGGCGUCUUCCAUAUUACACAAAUUGACCUUCCAAGCUCGUAUGGAGGUGUAUCGUGACACCCUGGCAACGGUUUACACAGCAUUUGUUAUUCAUACCAAUAACUCGGCGAAAGUCCAGGUGCAGAUGUCAAAUAUCAAUGAGACACUGGUUCUUAUCGAUGGUGAGCCUUUGCGGCUAUCUUCCAGUCCACUUAAAGUUCAUUAUCUAAAUGGGGUGCGCGUAAGUGCGAACGACGAUUUAUCUGAAAUUAGGUUCGUUUUUAAUGUUGGUAUUGCUGUUAUCAUCUACGUAAACUCCGAAGUCAUGUCUUUUAUUGCUCAACUUGAUACAAGGUUCAAUGGUCAAGUCAAGGGACUUCUUGGUAAUCUGAAUGGAGAACCGCACGAUGAUCUUCAGUUUCCAAAUGGUACCAUCAUGAACAGUAAUUCCUCUCUACAGGAACUCCAUAAAUACGGUCUAGAAUGGCUUGUGGCUGCAGAGGACUCCAUUUUCACAUACAUAUCACCUUAUGACUACACUACGUACCAUUUUCCGGAAUUUACUCCAACUUUCGACGUCCCUGAUCUUGAUGGUGUUAGUCAAGAAAUCAAAGAUGUGUGUGGCAAUUCCUUUGAAUGUGUGUUUGAUGCAGUGACGACCGGCAGCCUGACAUUCGCAAACAAUACCCGAGUGGUUUCGGCUACCCUUGAUAUCAUUCAAAAAUCCUCUGUCAAAAUUGUUAGCUGUGGUUUUCCGGGAGUUGUAGAGAACGGUAUAAUGCUUGGACAUGUGUAUCUGGUUAACUCAACCGUGGAGGUCACUUGUGAGAGAGGUUACGUCUUAGAAGGCUCAUCUAACCUAACCUGCUAUGGGGACGGCCGUUGGUCGGCCGAUCUUCCUCGAUGUGAAAGUCCUGGUAAAGGUCUUAGCACUUCAAUUAUAUUGGGAAUUAUUUUGGCCGCAUCGAUUAUUCUUGUUGCUUGUGUUGCAAUUGGCAUUUACUUGAAGAAAAAAUAGAAGUGUGGCUUUCUUGUGGCUUGUGACCAACCAGCUCGUAAUAUAUGAGCCGUCAGUUAGAAUUUUUAAUUUUUUUUAAUCCUUCAUAUCAUUAUUCAAAAAAGACACACAUAUAUAUUAAAAACGAAAGGAAUGUACGUUAUAUUCAUUAAACGGCAAAUCUUAAACCAAGGACAUAUUUGAAAAAAAUAAUACUGUAACAAUUUAAAGGAAAUUAACAAAUUUUGACUAUUCAAUUCUGCGUUGAAAAUUAAUUGCUUUUCUUUCUGUAUAGCCACGUAUCUUACAACAUUUAGAACUAAAUAAUUGUUAAGGUACAAAUUUAGUUAGAUAUUUGGAAUCGUUUAGUCUAAUCUGCAUUUAUAAAUUUAAAGUAUUUUGUAGCAAUUAUAAUAGUAAUUUCAUACCGACAAACUUUGUCAGUAUAAAAUGGACUGUAAAGUGAAAGAUAUUUUUCUAAACGUUUUAUCCAUAUUAGAUGAGCAUACUUACAAUUACGCUAUGACAAAAAAAUACGUUUCGCAUCCCCAGUUAUUGCAGUUAUACUAUAAAAAUACAUUUGUAGCAAUUAUUCUAUGAUUUAUUCUGUAUUGGAGCCACUGUAGAUUUGUUUGCCCUAAACAUUUAAAAGGCAGGAUAUACAUGCGUUUCAAUUCCUCGAUUGUCCUGUUUAUCUUGAUUUUUUCUUUCCAUUUUAUCAUGCUUUUUUGGAAUAAUAAAGUCUGAAGAAACAA